GGAGGAAGGAAGGCAGGAAGGAAGGAAGAAGCGCCGCGGCGGAGGGGCCCGCGGGAUGGCCAUGGCCUGACCGGGCCGGGGCAGCGCUGCCCCCCGGCACAGCCCCCCGGCACAGCCCCCCGCCCAUGGCGCUGUAGCGGGCGCGGGGCCCGGGGGCAGCGGCGGCGGUGGCGGCGAGCGAUGCGGGCUCCGGGACCAUGCUGAGGACCGAGGCCGGCGGGGCCGGGGGGUCCCCCUCGGCCGGGGGCGCGGCGGGGGCCGGGGGGCUGCGCAGCGCGUCCCCGCACCGGAACGCCUACGAGGCCACCAUCCAGGCCCUGGCGCCCACAAAGGAGGCCGACGGCGAGGACGGCAAGAAGAGCCGCGGGAAGAAGUAUGGCUCCAACGUGCAUCGGAUCAAGAACAUGUUCCUGCAGAUGGGGACGGCUCCCGGCCCCGAGGGCGCCUGCGACCUGGCCAAGGCCAAGGAGAAGCCGGUGCGCCUGUCCUUACCCCGCGCCGGCAGCCUGGGCGACGGCGUGGACCAGGGCAACCUCCUCAAGCUGGGCACCAGCGUCUCGGAGCGCGUCAGCCGCUUCGACUCCAAGCCCGACAAACCCUUCUCCAAGCUGCAGGAGACCCGCAAGAUCUUCGAGAGGAGCCCUCAGGAGAAGGCCACCAGCACCAAGCUGCUGCUGCGCAAGGAGCGAGCCGGCUUCCAGGACCGCAAGCUGGACGUGGUGGUGAGGUUCAACGGCAGCACCGAGUCGCUGGACAAGCUGGACGCCGACGCCGUGUCGCCCACCGUGAGCCAGCUGAGCGCCGUCUUCGAGAAGGCCGACCUGCGGAACAACCUGCACAAGGCGCAGGGCAGGGCGGCCGCGCCGCUCAACGCCAAGGCGGUGGCCAAGCGGCCGCGGGUCUUCGCGCCCGGCACCGAGCCCGCUCGCCCGGGUGAUAGCCACGCCGCCCCGGCCCGUGCCCGGCCCGCGGAGGACGAGAAGGCGGCGGGGAAGAGCGGGAGGCCGGCGGAGAAGGAGGCGGCGGGAGCGCCGAGGGUGCAGGAGGUGUGCAAGAUCAAGCCCGUGGAGGUGGAGGAGAGCGGAGAGGGCGAGGAGGAGGAAGAGGAGGAGGCGRCGGCGAAGGGAGAAGCGGCCCCGGCGACCCAACCGGCCAAAGGGGAUGAAGGUCCGGCGGCCGCGGCUCCUCGGCCGGACGGGGGCUCGGGAGUGGCCGCGGGCGAGGAGGGCGUCAAGGGCGAGCGGGCGGAGGAGGGCGAUGGCUCCGAGGAGGCCAAGAAGGAGGAUUUCUCCGAGGCGGACCUGGUGGACAUAAGUGCCUACAGCGGGCUCGGGGAGGACUCGGGGGGCAGCGGGCUGGACGAGGAGGAUGAGGCCGAAGGGCUGUACGAGCCCGAGUCGGGCUGCGUGGAGAUCCCGGGGCUGUCCGAGGAAGAGGAGCCCGUGCCCAACCGCAAGAUCCAGUUCAGCACGGCGCCCAUCCAG